AUGAGCAGUACAGCGGCCCCAGAAACAUCUCAAGAAACCGCAUCUCUCGUGAAGCGCCUUGCUGGGCCAUCGACGACCAAAGCGGGACUUGCCAAAGAUCAAUCUGAAAUCAAUCGUAUUAUUGCAGAAGUGUCGAAGGGAUCCCAAUUUUAUGAGAACGAGAAGAGGAAAGAUAAAGAUCUGACUCAACGAAUUGAGCGGAUUCUUCAGCAGCGAGAUGAGGCUUUGAAGGGAGUGGACUUGAGCAGUAUUGAACGCAAAGUCGAUCACUUGCUACUCGAGUUAGAAGCAGAGCGUGACCUCAGCCAAAUUAUCGUGCAUGUUGACAUGGAUGCCUUCUACGCGAACGUCGAAUUGCUUGACAAUCCGAGUCUUGCUCAAAAGCCUUUCGGUGUCGGAUGGGGCGUUUUGACCACAGCAUCUUACGAAGCACGAAAAUAUGGGGUCAGAUCAGGAAUGCCCAGCUUCAUUGCUCAAAAAUUGUGCCCCGAACUUACGAUUGUCCCGAUACACAUGUCUCGAUACAGUGAGAUGUCGAAGAUAAUCAUGAAUAUCUUCAGACAGUACGACCCUGAUCUGCUGGCUGCUAGCAUUGAUGAAGCAUAUCUCAAUAUCACAGCAUACUGUGAUGAGCAUGGGCUUAAGCCUGAGGCUUGUGUGCAAAAGAUGCGGCAACAGGUAGUCGACGAAACGAAGUUGACUGUCAGUGCAGGGAUUGCAGCAAACAAAAACAAACCAAAUGGUCAAUUUUGUCUCCCGCACAAGUCGAAGGACAUCAUAAACUUCAUGUCCGGCUUGUCGAUACGCAAGAUACCGGGUGUUGGUCGUGUCAAUGAGCGUCUGCUUGAAUCUGUUGGUAUCAAGACGUGUGGCGAUAUCCUUAUAAAUCGUGCUAUGCUCUCAUUAAUGGACAAGCAAUUCGGCCUUAACUUCUUGUUACGAACACAUCUUGGUAUCGCAUCAAAUAUAGUCCAUCCGUGGCAACGGGAGGAGCGGAAGAGCAUAGGGGCUGAACGAACAUUUCACUCCAUCAGCGACCCUGAGAAAAUCUUCCAGAAGUUAGACGAAAUCGCCGAAGAACUUGAAGGUGAUAUGGAACGUGGAGGGUGGACAGGAAAGACCGUCACGCUCAAAUACAAGCUGGAUACUUAUCAAGUAUUCACUCGUGCCAAGUCCCUCAAUCAUUGGAUCACAAAAAAAUCCGACCUGCUGGCCAUUGGCAAGGAACUCCUACAUCCAGAAUUACCGCUGCGCAUUCGAUUGAUAGGACUACGGGUGACGAAACUGAAAGAUCUUCGCCAACCAGACAGUCACAAAGGGAUCAAACGGGUAAGCACGUAUCUCUGA